GGGCGCGUGGAGGGAUGUAAAGAUGGCGGAGCUGCAGAUGCUGCUGGAGGAGGAAAUCCCAGCGGGUCGCAGAGCGUUACUGGACAGCUUCACCAACCUCGAAAGAGUCGCCGAUUACUGCGAAAGUAACUACGUACAGUCUCCAAACAAGCACACCGCUCUAGAGGAAACCAAGAACUACACCACUCAGUCACUGGCCAGUGUGGCCUACCUGAUCAACACACUCGCCAACAAUGUGCUCCAAAUGCUCGACAUCCAGGCCUCCCAGCUGCGCCGAAUGGAGUCCUCCAUCAACCACAUCUCUCAGACGGUGGACAUCCACAAAGAAAAAGUGGCGAGGCGGGAGAUCGGCAUCCUCACAACCAAUAAGAACACCUCCCGCACGCAUAAAAUCAUUGCUCCAGCCAAUCCCGAGAGGCCGGUGAGGUACAUUCGCAAACCUAUCGAUUACAGCACGCUGGAUGAUAUCGGUCAUGGUGUGAAGUGGUUACUUAGGUUCAAGGUCAACACCCAGAACAUGAAGAUGGGCAGCCUUCUUCGCACCACACCUCCCACACAGAAACCACCAAGCCCCCCAAUGCCAGGCAAAGGCACCAUAGGGAGACACUCCCCCUACAGAACGCUUGAGCCAGUGCGGCCUCCGGUGGUGCCAAAUGACUAUGUCCCCAGCCCCACACGCAAUAUGGCGCCCAUUCUGCAGCAAAGUCCUGUGCGCACUGCAUCUGUUAAUCAGAGGACCCGCACUUACAGCAGCGGGAGCAGUGGCGGCAGUCAUCCCAGCAGUCGCAGCAGCAGUCGUGAAAACAGCGGCAGCGGCAGUGUGGGUGUUCCAAUCGCUGUUCCCACACCCUCUCCACCCAGCGCCUUUCCAGCUGCUGGUGCCAGCACACCCUCAGCUCCAACUAACUCCUCUCAGCCUUCUGUUACGUCCUCCAAUUUAACCCCCACACAACCCUCAGCCAACCCCACCUCAAUCCCUGAAUCUCACCCCGACUCCACUGAGAGCUCUCUGACCCCAGAUAAUGGCUCUCCUCCCUCUCAACCACCCCUCGCUUCAGCUGAAGCUAGUGCUACAUCCAGCACCAACCCUGGGACAGGUGGUCCUCAGUUCUACAGCAUGAACAGGCCCGUCCCCAGGCAGGUCGCGCCCACAGUGGGGGGUUCACUGCCGUAUCGCCGGCCGGCUUCAAUCUCGGGUCAGACUUCCACGCCCCCCAGCCAGCCGAACGGAGGGCCCUAUUACAAUCAGAGCCAAGCCUCAGUGGCCCCCCCUCCCCCCUCCGUACUGCAGAUCACACCCCAGCUUCCACUGACGGGUUUUGUGGCUCGCGUACAGGAAACCAUUUCAGAUGCGCCUCCCCCACCUCCCCCUUCAGAAGAGCCGGUGUUUGAGGAGACACAAAACCCAGUUCCACCUCCAGAAGACUAUGAGGAAGAGGAGUCUUCUGUGGUGGAAUACAGUGACCCUUACGCUGAAGAAGACCCACCCUGGGCUCCACAAACAUACUUGGAGAAAGUGGUGGCAAUCUACGACUACAUGCAGGACAAGGAAGAUGAAUUGUCUUUCCAGGAGGGGGCCAUCAUCUAUGUCAUUAAAAAGAAUGAUGAUGGCUGGUUUGAAGGUGUAAUGAGCGGCACUACAGGACUCUUCCCUGGAAACUACGUAGAGUCCAUCAUGCACUACACGGAGUGAGAGUGUCCUCAGUCUCUCCCCCAACCCUCGAGGCCCACCAGCGCUAAUCUUACACUGCAGAAGAGUGCAUGUGUGCAUACAAACCAUGCUAAUAACACGCCGUGAGACUUCAGAGAUGAGAGGUGCAACUGAAAAGAGGAAGCGAUGUGAAGCUGAACAUCCAGACUUUUGCACCAAGGACUGAGGAAACACUAUUAGAGAAAUAUAUAACAUUAUAUGAAUACAAGCCAAUAAUAUGUUUACUGUUGAAUGAAGGAUACAGAGUUUGAAGUUCAGGAUAUGCAUAAGCUAGAUUUAGUGUGGGUACAUUUUUUAUUUUUCCAUAUAUCUUAACCUUUGGUCAUUCCACAGCAUUGCAGUGUUUUGGAAGGCAGCACGGGGGCUGACUGAUGUCUCUGAAAUGGAUUUGUUUUUUGAACGACCUGAGGUGGGUUCAGGGUGUGCUUUACAGUGAGGUCACACUCAAAAAAGGAGUUCAUUACAUCCAUGUUGUGUUUUAAGGUACAAGGAAAGUGUGGAACUGAACCGAAAGAGUGAAUAUAGAGAAGUAGCUUUCUAUUUAUUAAAUAUUGUGACAGCUCAAGGUUUUUUAAUUUGUCUCUGUAAAGUGUUUUGAUUAAGUAAUUGUUUGAUUUAUUCUCUCCCAUCUAAUUAAAAUCAGUUUGAGCCAGAUUGAUGAUAUAGGAAAUAUUUGCACAAAGGUCUCACCUUGGUUUUACUUUUUUAACUGAAUUAUUAAAUAUAUUUAAUAUGUUUAUUCAUUUCCCCCCUCCAUGAGAAUCGGUCAGCCCCAACACACAUGCAGUACUAGACAUAUCUAAUAACCUUGUGAACUUAAAACUAUUACUUUUUUUGUUUGUUUUACAUUUAAAUAUUGUCAUGAUGCUAACCAUUUGGUUAAUAUUUGAUAAGUGUAUGUAGUGCUUCAUAGACUGCAUGCUUAAUGAAAAUAAACUUAUUUACAUUUAAUUUUUCUUUUCUUUUUUUUUUUUCCUUUCACAUUUUAUUUAUAGGGUUCCCACAAUCAUGGAAAACCUGAAAUAUCUGGAAAUGUUAAACUAGUGAUUUCCAGUCUUCUAAAUAUUUUCUACAGUUGUUCUGAAAUAUUUCAUCAGUUAAAACCCCAACUAUGCCUGCAUUAAACAUCUUUCUGGUUGUGGGACAUUUUGAGAGGUUUACACAAUAAUAUAGUUUGUCUAUUCCUUCAUGUUAGUACCUGACAUUGAAAAAUCAUCCAAUAAGCAUGAUCAUCUAGAAAGGUUGCGAAAAAAAAAUGUUAAAAAGUGUUAGAACCCCAUAUUUAAUUAGUUCAUCGCGUUUUUGUUCUUGAUGACCUCUUCUACCCAGUUUGAGACAUUCAUGUUACAUGGACAGUAAGUCCAAACAUUACAGUAUUAAUCUGGGUGCUCUUUAAGUGUUUAUGCUCAAUAUAUUGUGCCAUUUUGUAGUAUUAUUGAAAUGUGUAUAAGCUACUAUUUGACAAUCACGGAUCUCUUUCUCUCCAGCUACUAAAAGAGUUUUCAUUUUGCUGAUCCUAAAAUAAGCCAGCCUUCAGUGCGUCUCCAUAGUGAACUUUCAUUUGAAUCUUAUGUAAAGAACAGAUGGAGGUUGUUUAAAGCAGGGUAGAGCUAAGUGAGCGUAUCUCUCUCUCUACCCAGCAAUACCUAGCAAAAUGUGAUGUUUAGAGGGAUGAUUUACCUCUGUCUGAAAGCACAUCACUCUAAACACCAGUGUUGACAGAUAUUUUAAUGAAGAGUAAUUUUUGUAAACAAUUAAACCCAUUAAGUCUAUAUUCUUAUGUGCAAAUAUGUGUCUAUAUAUAACUAAAUAAAAGUAUGGACAUCAGAA